AUGGCCGCCGAAAAGCCGGUACUCUUGUUGCUGCUGCUGUUGUCGGUCGCGGCGUCGGGGAAGGCGAAGCCCCGGGAUGAAAACAGCACUCUAGAAGCAGAGGAAGCGCCCACGAAUGAGACGAGCCCCACUGAGGCGCCCACCCGUGAGGUGGCCGAAGUCCUGAGGAAAGAGAGACUCGAACCCAGAGCUGGCACUUCUUCGUCCAUCUGCCCCUGUGACCUGCACCCAGGCUUCUGCGACCUCAACUGCUGCUGUGAUUCAAGCUGUGGCUCAGAUUGUAGCACGGGGGGCCCUGAAUGUCCCUUCUCUUUUUGUCUUCCAGGCAGCACCAGGGCUGUGAGUCAGGCGUGCUUGGAAAAAUCCACAAUUUUCCAAAAUAACACCCCUUACCGUACUGAUGUCCUUCCUGGUCCUGGUGGAUGUGUAUUGCUGUUCUGUGUGGAGCUAAAUGAUCCAAAGCUGAACUAUUUACAGCAGCCACAGGUGGUUACAAAAGUCAACUUUCCAGCACUUUCAGCGCAAUAUGGAGGGUCGUCUUUCAACUUGCCUGAUCAAGUUCUGUCAUCACCAUCUGCCUUUUACCGGGUUGGGGAUCCAAUACAGACUUAUUUUGCUGCAUCAUCUGUAUUAAGUAUACUCAAACAACCAGUGGGGAUUGGAACCAGCCAACUUUGCAUAGAUGAGAAUCCUGCUGGUUUCUUGGAGAGCAAAAACACAAGCUGCAUUCGGAUCCUUACUGACUUGACAAGCAGCUGCACUACUGACCCUGCACUGGAUGCAGCUUCAUAUUACCGUGGCUUCAGUGUGCUGAAGGUCCCAGUCAACAUGACUAUUUUCCAACCCAUACAGGUCAACAUCAUCCCUGUUGCAGAGCCUGCAUCUCCUUCACUAAGUGGUAGCACGUGCCACAGUGUUGUUUCUGAGGUGAGCUAUGAGGUGGAGUUCAAUGGGAUUCAUGGAAUUCAGAAAGUGUCUGUUCAAUUCAAAGUUGCCAGUAUAUCUGGGGAUCCAAGCGCCAUACUGCAGCAGCGCUUUUCUCUUCAUUUUGGGAGUAGGAGCCCUUCUCUCACCAAACAGAGAAGUGGGAACCCUGGAUAUAUUAUAGGAGCACCACUAAUAGUUCUGUAUAAUGGCACCCAGCAGCAUAUAACCAUUUUACAGAAUCAAGUUGAUGGUCAGUGCUCAGCAACUGAAAGGUAUAAAGUAAAGUUUAGAGAAAAUGUGAGGACAGGCUGCCAGUUCAGUGUACCCUUCAAGCUGGAGGAAGCAAACUGUAGCCAUUUCCAAGAGACACUAUACCAAGCCUUCCAGGGAAAAUACGACUCAGGCGGUUUGGCCAUAACUGGCAAUGCUGACCCAAACCGUCCAGGAGAGCGGACCAACAUCUUCACCCAGGGGUGCAAAAUGCAGGAUGGACAUUGUAUGGUUCCCAUUUCCCUGAAGAUCCAAGUGAUAUGGGCCCACGUAGGCCUCCAGUCUAAUCCACAAGCUCAUAUACUGGGAGCAAGAUACCAUUAUCUCUGCAAAUCUAUGAAGGUCUGUCACAAAUAAUGUCUUAGGGCUGUUUUCUGUUUCUUUGGACCACUUCAGAUGUAAUGCAAAGUGUAUGAGCUAUAGUGAGUUCACACAUUUAACCUCUUUUGUGCAUCAGAGAAGAUUGAAAGCUACAUUCGAUUUUAAACUAACCAGAGCUCACUGUUGCAUCUAAACUCAGUGAAUUCUGGUUUGUUUAAACUCUGAGUAGUUCAAACAAGCUAGCAUCAAACAGUGGUUUAUUAUCCUGAUUUGUUCACUACCUAGUGUUUGAACCUACCAGAGUUGCCCUAUUUCAGGAACUUGCUUAGUUAAAAACUAGAAGUAGAUGCUUCCUAUAAUCUUCUCUGACACAUGCCAGAGGAGAAGGGGAGCCCAAGACUUAAUGUUGUUUGUACACAUAAAGCUAAACCAGGGGCCAGAUCUUUCUCUCCCUCCCCACCCCGCAGGCCAACUUUGACAAUUGGGCAGGACCACCUAAAGCAAGAGGGUGACCAAGCAAGAUUGAAUACCCCAUGCAUCAACUUAUGCUUUGGGUAGUUCAGUCCUGCU